GGUGUUUCUCUAGCUCCAUCUGGAGCUAGAGAAAUCUCUGCUUAGCUCAUUUCCCCAGCACCCUCCAGAGACACAUGGGCACAGUGCGUGGGUACCCAUCGCGGCUUGUACUCCACUAGCCUGAGCCACUAUUGCUGGUUCUGCCUCUGACAGCUGUGUUUUGUCUUUGUGUCCCUCACCCCCAUGUCCCAUCACCCCAGCAUUGAGAGCAGGCUGGACCUGAGGAGGAAUCUGCACUGCCAGACCUUCAAGUGGUACCUGGAGAAUGUCUACCCAGAACUCAGGAUCCCCCUCGAUUCCUCCAUCCAGAAGGGCAACAUCCGGCAGAGGCAGCAGUGCCUUGAAUCUCAAAAGCAGAACAACCAAGAGAUACCAAACCUAAAACUGAGUCCCUGUGUCAGAAGUGAGGAAACAAAAUCCCAGGUAUGGGCCUUCACAUACACCCAGCAGAUUAUGCAGGAGGAUCUGUGCCUAUCUGUUGUCACCCUGUUCCCUGGUGUCCCAGUGGUUCUUUCUCUGUGCAAGAAUGGAGAUGACAGACAACAAUGGACCCGGACUGGUACCCAUAUCGAGCACAUAGCAUCCCACCUCUGCCUGGACACAGACAUGUUUGGUGACAGCACUGAGGAUGGCAAGGAGAUCGUUCUGAAUCCAUGUGAGUCCUCACUCAUGAGCCAGCACUGGGACAUCGUGAACUCCUGAGGACCUGGGCUGGAUCCAGCAUGGGCCAGAGGGUGGUGCUUCCUUGGACUAGACUGUGAACAGCCCAUGACUGCACCAGAUACCCUGUACUGGAGGUGGAGCAAAGUCUCCCAGGACAGGAGUGACUGUCUCAGGGAGGAGAAGAAAAGGUUGCCAGCCAAUGAGACUGAGUGACAAACCCACAUUUUUGCAUUGUUUUGAAGUUCCAUCCCUGGCCAGGCCUCCCCAUGAUGCGUACUUGGAAGCAGAUAUCCAACAGGAAGUGUUUGUUGUUCCCUUUCUUAACAAAAGAGACACACCAUGGAGAUGAUCCUUGUCACCAGGCCAGAACUAAAUUGAAAGAUGAAAAACAGAGGUGGU